CCCGACACGCAGGUUGUACGAAAUCAGUCGGUCCAACCGCGAAAUUUACCGCGUUUUCGAAUCAUUUACUAUUACUAUCGAAUAUCGAUGCUCCGAUCCGAUGGUCUUUCCUCAUUCUGCCGUUCAGCUGUUGUGCAGUGCUGUACUGGUCAAGUCCUGCCGGGAUAACGUCUUUUUCAAAUAUCAACGACUCCAUGAGCUCCAACGCCUCGUUGCGUCAAGACGCUCAACUUCUCGAUUAAGAAUAAAAAAAGCGCGCCAAAGACGACCGCAUGCAGCGCUGGAGUGCGCCCCGCAGGCAACAUAUACUACAUCAAAUCAUAUAAAAUCAUAUACGACAGGAAUUCAAAUUCGAGAGUGAAACUCGUUUUUUAUUAGCUUUUAUUUUUAGUACUCACAUAUUUACAAUUGUAAUUACAAAUCUUAUUUUAUUAACUAAAAACCAGUUAUUCUUUUAAUGGCAUCACGCUCGUCAAUUUCGCUCAUUGGUUGAUAAUGACUAAAUUCCAUUGUAAAUGAAGCAUGCCCAGAGGAAAUUAUCCUUAACUGUGUAGAGUACCCCAGCAAUUCUGAUAGUGGAAUUGUACAGGAAAUUAUUUUGUUGUGACCUCUGACAUCUAAAGAUUUUAUUUCUGCUCUUCGUCUGCUCAAAUCUCCUAUUACAUUAGAAGAGUAUUCUUCUGAUGUGACUACUUCCAGAUUCAUGAUUGGUUCCAAUAACAACGAUCCACUAUUCUCCAUUAACUGCAAGAGAAAAUUUGUACUUAAUGAGAUUUUGUUUUCAAUGAAUGAGCUGAAGUAUUAUUAUUAGAAUUUUCUGAAGUUUUUAACAUUCUAAACUAACAGUUGAACAUCGAAAUUUUAAAUUAUUUCAAAACUGUCAUCUUUCUAAAUUCAAAUUAGGUUCAAGUCAAAAUAAUCAAGUAAUGUUGUUUAAAUUAAAAAGUUUAUAAAAAGUUAACUAAUGCAAGGUGGAUAUUUAUCACUUCUAUACAGUACCAGUAAUAAACCUUUGGAAUAUUGGAGCAAGCAAAAAUCUAGAACAGGAUCUAUUAAAAAAGUACUAGACGAAGAAUUAAAUGAAAAUGUUUUGGAAAUACAAGAUAUCGAAGAUUCAAACUGUCAAAAAACAUGGAUUAUGUCUCCACCUGAUUCAAACCAAAUUCUCAAUAUCAAAUUACCCUUUCUCGUAAUUGUAUUAAAAAGUGUAAGCACACAGUGUUUUUUUCAAUUGCAAAUGGUGGACAAAGAUAACAUAAGACAUCUUAUAAACUUUUCAAAUGUGGAAGGGAAAAAAAGUUCUGCUAAAUCUGGAAAAAUUUCCAAGGUAUCACCACCAAGAAUGCAACUCUUUCUAGAGCCAGGAUGGAAUAGACUUGAAAUAGACCUUUGUCAUUUAUCAAAAAUUUUUGAAGCACAAUUCGAAGCAGUAAACAGACUGAAAAUAUGUGCAGGCUGUAGAAUUCGUAGGAUAUAUUUUACAGACAGACAUUAUGAAGAUGAAGAAAUGCCCUUAAGUCUGUACCAAGGUUUCCUAGACCUUUACAUGUUGAAAUGGGGAAUCAAGGAAGUUGAAAGAGCAACACAAACAAAAAAGACAACCGGCAAGCCUACUACAACAAAGGAUAAUGCCUAUAGCCCUGGUCUGGGGCUCAACAAGUUAUUUUUAAAAAAUUUACAAGCUAAAUCUGAUCAGGUAAUAGAAGAGUUCUUUUCCAAACAAUCUGUAAAGUCGGUGAAAGAUUAUCUUGACUUUAAAAAAAAAGCUAAGAUAAAACCGUAUGUUAUACCUGACAACAGCAAAAGUUUUCAUGUAAAAAAUGUUAAAAGCUCAGAUGCAAGUUUAGUGGAUUUUAAUGAAAUAAAGAGCAAUUUUUUACGCGAAAGUUCUCUGUUAGGUAAACUAGCUUUUGAAGACCAAGUUAAUAGAAAAGGUAAAGUCAAGGAAUCAAAGAGUGCCAAGCCUGAAGUCAAGUAUUCUCCUUACAAAAUUCAUAAGUAUAGAUAUCCUAUGCUACUUGAAAGAAAAACAAAUACAAAAAGUAUUGAAAUGUUAUCAAAGCCCAUAGUCUCUAAAAACUCAAAUGCUCAGAUGAAAUUGUAAAUUUAUGUUAAUAAAUUUCAAAAAGGAAGCAUGA